AUGAAUUCUUACCUUCCCCCUGAUCCUUACAAGCUACUCGGCGUUGCCAGGGAUGCGAAACUAGCAGAGAUCAGAAGUGCGCAUCGCAAGUCAGUCCUCAAAUGCCAUCCCGACAAGGUACAAGACGCGGCUCUGAAGGCGGUUAAGCAAGAUGAGUUCCAGAAGGUGCAACAAGCCUACGAGCUGCUCAGCGACGACGCCAAGCGACAACAAUACGAU